AUGCGCUGCAGGCAGCCUGGCCAGCCGCUGCAGCAGUCCGCAGCCCACGGGGCCACGCUCCGCGGCGGCAGCUUGCCCCGCUCCGGGCGGCGGCGCGGCUGGCGCUGCCGUGGCGGCGUCGACGACAAGGUUCUGUACACAGAAGAGUUGCCGCUGUCCAAGCUGCAGCAGCAGCUGGACCAGGUGAUCGACGACGAGGACUACGAGGCGGCUGCGCAGCUGCGAGAUGUGAUACAGCGGCGCCGGUUUGACAGCCGGCUGGCGGUGGAGGAGGCCAACGAGCGCUUCUACAAGGCUUUCCAGAGCGGCAGCCUGGCCGCCAUGUCCGAGGUGUGGGGCAAGGGGGAGCACGUCCAGUGCAUCCACCCGCUGUGCGGCUGCAUCGCGGGGCGGCAAGCGGUGAUGGAGAGCUGGAAGGCGAUCCUGGGGUCUGCCCGCAUGCGGAUAGAGGUGGAGGAUGUUCGCAUCUUUGCCUCCGACAGCCAAGCCUUUGUGACCUGCCUGGAGCUGACAGAGUCUGGGCAGAACAGGGGCAGGAUCGCGGCCACCAAUGUGUUUGAGAAGCAGGGCGGCGUGUGGAAGCUGGUGCACCACCACGGCAGCCCCAUGCCGCCGGGGGCGCGGUGA